AUGGCUGCUACUGCUGGUAGUCGAGCUGCUCCUACCCGUGCCGCUGCUAGAGCUAUGUCUGCUACUGCUGGUAGUCGAGCUGCUCCUACCCGUGCCGCUGCUAUAGCUAUGUCUGCUACUGCUGGUAGUCGAGCUGCUCGUACCCGUGUCGCUACUAUAGCUAUGUCUGCUACUGCUGGUAGUCGAGCUGCUCCUACCCGUGCCGCUGCUAGAGCUAUGUCUGCUACUGCUGGUAGUCGAGCUGCUCCUACCCGUGCCGCUUCUAGAGCUAUUUCAGCUACUGCUGGUAGUCGAGCUGCUCCUACCCGUGCCGCUACUAGAGCUAUUUCUGCUACUGCUAGUAGUCGAGCUGCUCCUACCCGUGUCGCUGCUAGAACUGAUUCUGCUACUGCUGGUAGUCAAGCUGCUCCUAGCCGUGCCGCUGCUAGAGCUAUUUAA